UUCGUUGCGGGUGUUGCGGACUCUAGCGGGUAUGGCUGGGCCAUUGCCAAGCAGCUGGCGAACGCGGGAGCGACCAUUGUUGUGGGAACAUGGCCACCUGUCCUCAGCCUGUUCGAGCGCGGCCUGAAGAAGGGGUUCGGUGAUGACCAGGUCCUCAAGGACGGCUCCAUGAUGAAGAUCGAGAAGGUAAUCUACCCCCUUGACGCCAUGUUCUCCACCCCCGAGGAGAUCCCCGCCGACAUCCUCGAGAACAAGCGCUAUGCUGGUCUCGAGCACUACGAUAUCAAGUCCUGUGCCGAGGCUGUGAAGAGGGACUUCGGCAAGGUG